GGAAAUCCUGAAGGAGCACCGAGAGGGAAGGAGUGGUGAGAGAAUGAAGAAGCCAACUGAGCGGGAGAAGCAUGAGGUGGCAGUGGGUAGCUCGAUUUAACGGGCUCUGGCUGAUGGUCUCAUGGGCGCCAUCGAUAUUGGUGCUGACUUUGGGGUGCUGGGGGUUGGCUACCGCAGUCGCCACGCCGCACGAACAGCAUGCCUCCACGGGUGCCGCCGCCGCCACCAUCACCUCCAGCCAAGUGCCCCUGGACUGGCUGCUCACUGACAGAGGACCGUUUCACCGAGCCCCAGAGUAUGCUGACUUCGUGGAGCGCUAUCGGCAGGGUUUCACCACCAGGUACAGGAUCUACAGAGAAUUUGCUCGCUGGAAGGUGAACAACUUGGUACUGGAAAGGAAAGAUUUCUUCAGCUUGCCUCUGCCUCUGGCUCCAGAAUUCAUCCGCAACAUUCGCCUCCUGGGGCGGCGGCCCAGCCUCCAACAGCUCACUGAGACCCUGAUCAAGAAAUAUGGGACCCAUUUCCUGCUCUCCGCCACUCUGGGAGGAGAAGAGUCCCUGACAAUUUUCGUGGACAAGCGGAAGCUCAGUCGGAAAGCGGAAGCUGGCAGCCCUGGAGGAAGCGGAGGGACCAACACCACCGUCUCCUUGGAAACGCUGCACCAGCUGGCAGCCUCCUACUUCAUUGACCGUGAGAGCACGCUACGGCGGCUCCACCACAUCCAGAUAGCGACAGCAGCCAUAAAGGUCACCGAGACCAGGACGGGACCGCUUGGAUGCAGUAACUAUGACAAUCUGGAUUCCGUGAGCUCUGUCCUUGUCCAGAGCCCUGAGAACAAAGUUCAGCUCCUUGGCCUGCAGGCUCUGUUGCCUGAGUACCUGAGGGAACGCUUUGUGGCUGCUGCCCUCAGCUACAUUACCUGCAAUUCAGAGGGGGAGCUGAUCUGCCGAGAGAAUGAUUGCUGGUGUCAGUGUGGGCUUAGUUUCCCACAAUGCAACUGCCCCGAGGGUGACAUCCAAGCUAUGGAAGAGAGUCUCCUCCAGAUCCGGGAAGCUUGGGACAGUCACCACCAACAGUUUGAAGAAUCGGAGGAAUUGCAGGCCCUGGUGAAGAAGUUCCCAGUGGAUCGUUUUUGGAACAUCACGGCAAUCUCUCAGUAUUGGGCCAUGGACCUCGACAUUCAGCAUCGCUAUCAGAAGCUGAGCACUGCCUUGAAGAUGCUCUCCAAGAAGACCCAUCGGAUCAUCCGGCGCCUCUUCAACCUAGCCAAACGCUGUCGCAGGCAACCUCGGUUCCGACUUCUGAAGGAGAGACCUUUGACCUAUUGGUGGAACCACAUGCAGUCCCUCCUGUACUGCAGUGAGACUGCUGCGCCAGGGACUUUUGUGGAGGAAAGUCAUAGCUGCAGCUGCCGUCAUGACCAGCUCUCCUGCCAGGGGAUCAUCCCAUGUGCCUUGGGUGAUGGGCCAGAAUGUGCUGCCUGUGCAGAGGACAACGCCACCCAGUGCGGGGCCUGCAACCCCGGCUAUGUGCUCACCGUAGGGCUGUGCCGGCCCGAGGUGGCCGAGUCCCUAGAGCACUAUUUAGGGCUGGAGACAGACCUUCAGGAUCUGGAGCUCAAGUACCUUCUGCAGAAGCGGGACAGCCGGAUUGAGGUUCACUCCAUCUUUAUCAGCAACGACAUGCGCCUUGGGAGCUGGUUUGACCCGUCCUGGAGGAAAAGGAUGCUGGUGACCUUGAAGAGCAACAAGUAUAAACCAGGCUUGGUCCACCUCAUGCUUGCGCUCUCCCUCCAGAUCUGCCUCACCAAGAACAGCACCCUGGAGCCAGUGAUGGCCAUCUACGUCAACCCCUUUGGGGGUAGCCAUUCAGAGAGCUGGUUCAUGCCCACCAACGAGACUGGCUUUCCUGACUGGGAAAGGACUAAUGUGGAUGCUUCUGGGCAGUGCCAAAAUUGGACGCUCUCUUUAGGCAACAAGUGGAAGACCUUCUUUGAGACAGUCCAUGUUUACCUGAGGAGCCGCAUCAAGUCUCUCAAUGACAGCUCCAAUGAGACCAUCUUUUAUGAGCCCUUGGAAAUGGACCCCUCUAAGAACUUGGGGUACAUGAGGAUCAAUAGCUUACAGGUCUUUGGCUACAGCCUACCCUUUGAAUCGGAUGCGAUCCGGGACCUCGUCCUUCAGCUGGAUUACCCGUAUACCCAAGGUUCUCAAGACUCUGCCAUACUGCAGUUGAUUGAAAUUCGGGACCGAGUCAACCGUCUCUCCCCACCUGGGAAAACCCGCCUUGAUCUUUUCUCCUGCUUGCUCCGGCACAGGCUCAAGUUGGCCAACAAUGAGGUGAGUCGGAUCCAGUCUACCCUGCAGGCCUUCAACGCCAAACUGCCAAACCCUGUGGAGUACGAGACUGGCAAACUGUGCAGCUAGCAACCGGGGGGGUGGGGCAGGGCUAGUGUUGUGUAACCCUAGAGGGCAGGACUGAGGGAACGGUGGUGGGGACUUCUAAAGGCCUUACUUUCAUGCCAGCUGUGCGAUUCUGGGGGGCAGACCUUGGCCGGCCUCCAAGACUUUGGCAUUCAGAGGCUGCAGGGCACCAAGUCCAGGCAUGAGAUGUGGCACAAAUCUACAGGAUGAUGGGCCAGGGCUACAGCAUCAUGCUGAAGUGGCUGAACGGGCUGCAUCGUUUCCCUUGCCUGCAGGCUACUGUUGGGGAGCAUGGCUGAAGAUGUACAGGCGCACGUCAGCGUACCAGUCCGUGGUGACACAGAGUGGGGAGAGAGAGGUGACUGAUGGGAAAUUGGUGGGAGUGGCAAUUUAAGACCUGGCUUUUGUGAUCUAGCCUUUUAGCUAGUAAGUCUUUCAAGAAGUGAAAAGAGGGGUCGGACAAAACUGAUUCAAGUGCUUUGAAAAUGUUCACUGAGGAGGAUUUCUCUGUGGCCCUCCACCUCCCGCAGUGCAGUUCACUUUUGUAUUGUUUUUAUGACUGUUUCUAACAAUGUCAUCGCCUUUUAUGUUCUCUGUGCUGCUUUUUCUAAGGCUGCAACACCCCCUCCCCCCAAGCACAUUUUCUUAGAAGUUGGCUCUGUGGAUUAUCUGUGGGAGUCACUCCUCCUAGGGAAAAUGUGAUGAUUAAGAACAGGGUGUCAAAUCUUUUCUUUUCUUUUUUUUUAAAUUUCAGCUGCCUUUCCACUGCACAAGUCUGCUUGGCACUCUAAUCCCAUUCUUUUUGGGAUGAGAUGUUUUGGGUACUAAAUGAACAGGGGUCUAUGGGACAAGCCAGGUGUGGCUCAGUUGUCCCUUUCUCCCAUCCGUAUCGCAAAAGAAACACAUCUCCCUCCCCUGCACCAUAUAUGUCCCAGGAUCCUAUCACAUUCAACUAACUUCACCAGGGGACAAAAGGCAUCCCCCCACACACACACCCUGAGCAUCUCUCGUGAAACAUGGGCCGUUCAGGUUAAAAGUAUAUUUGGAACCUUUGGGGAGAUGGGCCUUCGAAACAUUUCUUUACUUAUGCAUUGAUUUAAUUGAUUGACUUUUCUUUUUUUAAAAAAAACCCCUUUCGCAUUUUUUAAAAUCUUUGGAGUGGAAUGCUUAUUGCCAGUUGAUUGCUCCAGCCGAAUUAUAUCUUAGCCAAAUGUCUUUGUUCUAAUAUAUUUUGUAAGGAGGGGUGGGUUAUAACCUUUUUUUUUUUUUGAGAAAAAAGGAAAGAAGUAAAUGAUCAAAAGCC